AUGGCCUCAGAAGAAGAAGAAGAGGAAACAAGCCGAGAAUCACCAUCAAGCCUCAACGAAGCCAUGCUUGAACAGAUCAAGAAGAUGAUGAUUGAGGAGUUUGAUCGGAGAGAAAAGAUUAAAGAAGGAAAGCGGAAGCAACCUAAGGAUCCGGUCACAUCUAAGAAGAAGCCGAUUGAGGAUCUUAGUGGUUACAUGAUGAUUCCCCAUUCCAUGGGAACAAUGAUCCGGAUGUAUAUCUGGAUUGGGAGAGGAAGUGCGAGAUUACCUUCAACCGACAUAACAUAG